AUGUCAGCUUCACUUUUCCUCGCUGUGCUCGCCAUUGCUGCUAUCUACUUCGCGAUCUACAUCUACACUGUCUGCAUGAUAGUCGAGACAGUGGUCCAUACAACCCUGCUCAGCACUUCCACCCGCCUCCGCACCAUCCUCUCCAAGGUCAUUGCCGCUAUCUCCCUCGCCAUCUACACCAUCUGCACUCUAGUCGACACAAUGGCCCAUACGACUCUGCUGAGCACUUCCACCCGCCUCCGCGCCUCCGUCUCCCAGCUCAUGCUGGACUUCGCCUCCGACAUCGACAUCUCUUCAUCCGACGAGCCCGCUCACAUCCUCGACGACACUAGCAUCGACACGGCCUCACACAAGGAGCGCGCUACUGUUCACGGUCAGGCUACCGCCAUGAAGUCUCAACGCUGUGGGACAAAGAGGCAGGUGCGGAUGCCGGCUAUUGUGCAGGUGCCGACUGGGGGGUAUAACUGUGCGGUUAUGUGA